UUGCACCUUGUAUACCCAACUUGGUGUUUUGUCACUUGAAUGAUUAGAUUGGGAGGAAUCUGUUUUGGACUACUGUUGAAGCAUAAACAUAUAUUUUGAGAGAUCUGUUCGUAUCUAAAAAUGUGUUUAAUAAAAUUAUACUAGCACGGAUGAAUGUGCAGUUCUGUCGAGACCCGAUAAAUGCAAUCCAACCGUGGCUGUAGCUGUGACUAUUCAUAAGACACUCGCGUAUAUGGGGUAACUUUGCAUACGAUUGGCCUGGUCACUGUUCAAAUGACACUGCGUCUAUCGGCGCAGCGCGUAUAAAAAGCGCGACCAUACCGAAUUGAUUUCCGAUAGAAUUUCAUUUUCAACUUGCAAGCUUCAUGGGAUCCUCAGAAUGACACCGAGAAACGCCACAACGAGUUCCGAAAAGGACGGCGGUAUCCAAGGAUUUUACAAAGACAAGGUGGUGUUCUUGACAGGCGCCACAGGAUUUCUGGGGAAAGUGAUAAUUGAAAAGCUUUUGCGAACCACGGAUGUGAAACGGAUUUACUCGAUGAUCAGGCCCAAACGGGGUCAGGGCAUUCAGGAACGCAUAGCCAUAUGGAAGAAGGACCCACUCUUUGAAGUCCUGCUGCAGGCAAAGCCAGAGGCACUCAAUCGGAUCUCCAUAGUCGCAGGCGAUUGCUUGGAACCCGACCUGGGAAUUAGUAAGUCGGAUCGCCAGCUCUUGGCCUCCGAGGUCCAGAUAGUCAUCCAUGGAGCAGCCACAGUGCGAUUUAAUGAGCUGCUCCACGUUGCUUUGGCGAUCAACACAAGGGCCACAAGGCUAAUGCUCCAAUUGGCCAAGGAGAUGAAGCAUCUGGAGGCCUAUUUGCACGUCUCCACGGCGUUUUCCAACUGCAUCAUAUUUCGUGUGGAGGAGAAAUUCUAUCCCGAGCACCUGACCUGCGACUCGGAGAAGGUUUUGGCCUUGAGUGAGCUGCUAGACGAACAAACUUUGGACAAACUGACACUCACUCUCCAGGGAGACUAUCCGAACACCUAUACCUACACCAAGGCACUGGCGGAGGACGUGGUCCUGAGGGAAUCCGGAGAUCUUCCCCUGAGUAUCUUUCGACCGGGUGUUAUAAUCGCCACCCACACCGACCCUGUAAGUGGCUGGAUAGACAAUCUGUACGGCCCCAUUGCUCUAAUGUAUGGCGUCGGCCAUGGAGUUUUGCGCCUGAUUAGCUACGACAAGAAGGGUUACGCCAGCCUUGUGCCCGUGGACUACUGCGCAAACGUGGUUUUGGCAAGUGUUUGGCAAACGUCUAAGGAAAAAACCCCUCUAGAUCCGAAGUUACAACCCGCCAUCUACACCUUAGCACCCAGUGAAAAGAACCUACUGAACAUCGAGGACUACAUCAACUACGGCCUGUACUUCCGAGAUGAGUUUCCCCUGACGAAGAUGAUCUGGUACCCGUUCGUGCAAAACGUAUCCACAACCUGGCUGUAUCCGCUGCUCGCGUUCUUUUACCACAUUUUACCCGGGUUUUUCUACGAUCUGGCCCUAAGUCUUUCGGGAAGGAGACCUCGCCUGGUGAAGCUCUACCGAUCUAUACAUGUCAACAUCAAGAUCCUGCAGCCCUUCUUACACAACACUUGGCAUUUUGAGACGAAGAGCACAGAUCGGCUAAGGGCCUUAAUGUCACCUGAGGAGCGUCAAAUAUACAACUUCGACAUGGAGGCUCUCAACUGGAAGAAGUACUGGGAGAAGGCCCUGUUGGGCAUGCGACUUUACCUGGGAAAAGAGCCUCCAACCAAGGAAUCCAUUGAUCAGGGUCUGAGACUGUUGCUGCUUUUGAAGAUCUUGCACUAUGGCCUUAUGACUGUACUGUGGGUCAUUGCUGGAAUCAUCUUGUGGACACUGGUCAAAUGGAUGAUUUGAUUAAAGUUUUCUGCUCACGCAAAUCAUUUAGCUUUAUAAAACCCUGGGUGUUCACUGUUUAAAGUUUUAGGCCAAUAAUUUUAAGCAGUAAAGCAUAAGAACCGUUCUUCAAGGAAGAGUAAAAUAAAGUUGUAAAGGAAA